AUGGCGAGAGAGGUGAGGAGGUGAGGAACGGACGAGCGAGUGCCUUCGUCAUCGUGUGCAAAAAUUACAAAUUGCAGUGUGGGGUGCUAAAAUUAUGUUAAUUUUAAUGAAGUGAACAAUAGUAUUGGUGAUGUUGGCCUUAGGCUUAUCUUUAUUUCGUAAAAAAACUGUAAAAGAACACACGUUUACUGUAGUAAUCCGUCAAAAAUCGAGAAAGCUUCAAACGUGUUUGAAGCUUUCGUUUUCGGAUUAAUGGAACUAUGAACCUGGACUCUUUAACGUUUAGCUUAUCGCAAAUCAAUUAUCUCGUUGUAAAUUUAAGUAAGAAAAACUUCAAGCAGACUAGUCAAGAGUUAUCACAGCUGGUCAGUCUUUAUGGGCUGGAAGCAGAGAAUCAGCUCUUGAGGUGUUUGUUGACGGAAGCGGCGAAGGCAUCUUGGGACACCGAGCGCACCGGAUCGGGCUCUAACACCAGCGUCCACGCAUCGCUGCUCACGCAGCACCUGACUGCGCUCCUCAACCAUCCGGCCAAGUCCACGGUCGUCUGCCGAGCUGUCGAUAACCCCACUCGUUCACUCCAAAAGAUAUUAAAACCUUCAAAUACAUUACUCAAUCGACUUUCAAGACUAUUAAAGUUUACCACUGCCGAGGAUGUUGCCUUUUCUCUGGUUUUGAAAAGGAAUUCUGCUAAACCUGAGAUAGUAGCAUUAACUAAGCAACAUUUGAAAAAGAGAUUUUUGGACCUCGUACAGUGUUAUCUAGACGCAGAACGUGGGCAUCAGGCUGAGCGUGCAGGCCUUCAGGAAUGCAGCCCUGAAGUGUUGCAAACUCUCCUCACUAGUUUAUCGCAAGAGAGACUAGCCACAGUGACAAAAGACUUAUUUCUCAAACGUUUACGAGUUGAUUUCCCUCGUGAAGUAGUGCCUAUCGUGUUAGCGCCGUUGCUUUACCCGGACGACACGCAGACGCCGCUCGAAGAGAUGACGACCGCCGACGACAUGGCCGCGGCCAUGAUGGAAACCUCUCUAGCGGAGAUCAUCCGAGACAUCGGACACCCCUUCACCGCCUCGGUGGAGGAAUGCAAAGCCAACAUGCUGAACUUCGGUGCGCGGGAGCCCACCGCUAUCGACGUGGCCAGAAUCAUCUCCAUGAUGAUCAGGUACCACGCGACCGUCCCCGAAGGACCGCUCGUGCAAACGCCGGGCAACUUCUGGAUGAGUCACGAAACCAAGAAAGACCCCAUCACACACGGACACGGCGAAUCGUGGAACGCCGAAGUGUUUGUCCAGACACUCAAAGAACUCGCAUCAAACUUGAACUGGAAAGAAGUCAUACUACAGCUCGACCAUCCCGAGUUCAUGGUCCCCGACAGACAAGGCCUCAGCCUGCUGUUCACGAUUUUGCGACUCGGCCUUCAAAGUGCGGGUUAUCCGGCUAACAUAUUCCCUGUGGAUUAUCUUUGCCGUCGAUGGACGAACUUAGAAGGACAGAUGAGUUUGAUCAACAUGGUACUCAAACAUCCAGACGUAUUCAGUUUCGCUGACCAUCCCUUCCAUCCGGUCUCGAUUGAUCUUCUAAAGUCCCCACCUGAAACUGACAACAAAGAAAUAGCCACCUGGCGGUGCCUUUAUUUAGUCGAGCUUCUGGUGUACGCCGCGGAGCGUGGGUAUUACUUACAAGUGCACGAAUUAUUCAAGUUCCCAAUGCAGCAUUGUCCUGACGUCUUGCUCCUAGCUCUAUUACAAAUCAGUCCACCUGUUACAGUAUUCAGGCAAGAGUUACUGACAACGCUGAUACCAAUAUUCUUAGGAAAUCACCCAAACUCCGGUAUUAUACUACACCACGCCUGGCAUACACAGAAUCCGAACAUAAAGCCUAUCAUCAUGCACGCCAUGGCCGACUGGUACAUACGUGGUGAGAGCGACCAGUCCAAACUAUCGAGGAUACUCGACGUUGCCCAAGAUCUCAAAGCACUAUCGUUACUGCUGAAUGUUCAGUCGUUCCCCUUUGUUAUCGACUUGGCGUGCUUAGCCUCCCGUAGAGAGUACCUAAAGCUUGAUAAAUGGCUAACGGACAAGAUCAGAGACCACGGCGAAACAUUUGUGACUGCAAUGGUGAAGUUCUUGCAGAGGCGAUGUCCGCAGGUGCUCGGUAAAGGGCCCGAAGAGCAGCUACCGAAGGCUGCACAGCUGCCACCCGAGACGGUCACCACGAUGCUGGCCUGCCUGCAACUCUGCGUGCCCAACGUAACGGCGGAACUACAGGAAGCCAUUUACAGCGUCAUAGCCAACUGCCAGACGCUCAUCCUGAGCAAGACAAGACAAAACAUCGCGGGUAUAGCGCGGACACGGAACGCAGAGUACCCUCGAGUGAUGCCCGGCGGGGGCAUGGAAACGCCCUUCAAUCCCGCGGCUGGUUUGAGCGGGCAGCUGUUCACUCCGCAUGUUGAUUCGAUUGCCAGUUUAACACCUGGUGUAGCUAAUUUGAGCUUGGGAGGACCAGGGAACACCGCUUUCGCGAUGCCCGGAACAUUAGGGCCAUUGGUGACGACCCCUGGCUCGCCUUCCCGAUUGAUGGGAGCCGGCCCCAACAGCCCCUUCGCUAUGAUGCCCUUACAACACAACACGAACGUUGCGAACAUGGGCGCACUUGCUCGCAUGGCGCCCGCGCCUGCGAUGGACAAACCCAGGAUUCCAGACCCUAUACACUUCCCUGAAAUGAUGCACAACGUCUCGAAGGAGAUCGAGGACGAAGCCAAUGGAUAUUUCCAGCGGAUCUACAACCAUCCCCCGCAUCCGACUCUGUCUAUAGACGAAGUGCUCGACAUGUUGAAGAAGUUCCAAGACUCGCCGAACAAGCGCGAGCGAGAAGUCUACUCGUGCAUGCUACGCAAUCUGUUCGAAGAAUACAAAUUCUUUCCGCAGUAUCCGGACAAGGAAUUGCAUAUAACCGCUCAGCUAUUUGGCGGUAUCAUUGAGAAGGGUCUAGUUCCCAGCUACGUCUCGCUAGGUUUGGCUUUACGAUUCGUACUUGACGCGUUGAGAAAGCCAGAGGGCUCUAAAAUGUACUACUUCGGUAUAGCGGCACUGGACCGCUUCAAGUCGCGGUUGAAAGACUACCACAAGUACUGCGAACAUGUCCGUGCUAUACCUCAUUUUAGUGAAUUCCCUCCACACCUAAUUGAGUACAUCGAAUAUGGACUACAGAGUCAAGAGCCACCCACGAAACCACAAGGACCCGUUCUACCCACAAGUUUGGCUGCUGUGCUGAACCAAACCAACGUAGUAACCGUCUCGGCGCCCUACAGGGCCGUGGUCUGCGCACCGUCGUCGAUCUCGGUAAUCGCAAAGGUUACCAACUGCACUGCAGGCGGACUGGGCAGCCGACCUUCGAUUGCUAACGCCACCAACAUAGACACUCUUCUAACGGCCACAGACCGAGAAGAAAAGAUCAAUGCUCCGCCUGAAGCUAUCCAGGACAAAUCAGCAUUCAUUUUCAAUAACCUCAGCCAGUUGAAUCUACAGACGAAAUGUGAAGAACUCAAGGAAAUAAUUACCGAAGAAUACUUCCCAUGGCUCUCGCAGUAUCUUGUCAUGAAGAGAGCGUCCAUCGAACUCAACUUCCACGCACUGUAUUCCAAUUUCCUUGACGUUCUUAAAAUCCGCGACAUAAACAGAAUGGUCACUAAAGAGACUUACCGGAACAUAAAAGUAUUAUUACGCUCCGAUAAGGGCAUUGCCAACUUUUCUGAUCGAUCGCUGUUGAAGAACCUGGGCCACUGGCUUGGCAUGCUGACGCUGUCCCGCAACCAGCCCAUCCUGCACGUCGACAUCGACCUGAAGGCGCUGCUACUGGAAGCCUACCACAAGGGCCAGCAGGAAUUGCUGUACGUCGUGCCCUUCGUCGCCAAGGUGCUCGAGUCCUGCGCCAAGAGCGUAGUCUUCAAGCCACCCAACCCCUGGACUAUGGCACUGAUGAACGUAUUGGCUGAAUUACACCAAGAGCCAGAUUUAAAGCUGAACCUGAAGUUUGAAAUUGAAGUGUUGUGUAAAAACCUAAGUUUAGACAUUGCCGACCUCAAGCCGACGCUUUAUUUGAAAGAUCCGGAGAAACUGAGAACGAUCGAGUUCCAGCUGUCGCAACCGAAGCCAAACAAGGAUGCGUCGAGCUCGAUGCAAGUGAGCCAGCCUAUAGUGCCGGCGCCGCAGAUGUUAAUCCCGCACCCGGGCCCGCCACCGCUGCUCCCAACCGAAGACAUGGCCGCCGCGGCGCCCACGCCGACCGGGCUCGUCGGCACCGACCCCACACUGAUGGGAGUUUUGGGGCUGCCCGAACCCAGAUUCAACUACCUCGACGUAAACGUUUCAUCGACAUCAGCUUUUGGGCAGAAGAUUUGUUUCAACCCGCACAUCAUUCUGUUCCAAAACUACCCGCAUCUGAAGCAGUUCGUGAAGCCUGCUAUUGAGCGAUCCAUCCAGGAGUGGAUUCAUCCGGUCGUGGAUAGGUCUAUCAAGUAUGCUCUUACGACUUGCGAGCAGAUCAUUCGUAAGGACUUCGCGCUUGACCCCGACGAGGUCCGGAUGCGCACGUGUGCACACCACAUGAUGAGGAAUCUGACAGCCGGUAUGGCAAUGAUUACGUGCCGGGAGCAGAUCAUUAGCACCAUCAGCACCAACCUCAAGGCCGCGUUCUUGACGGCCUUGAUGCCUGCCACCCCACAGCAGGAGAUCGUUGAAAGCGCCGCUGCAGUUCUAGCGACUGAGAACAUGGAGCUCGCGUGCGCUUUCAUCCAAAAAACUGCAGUUGAAAAGGCGCUGCCGGAGCUCGACAAACGACUGCUAAACGACUAUGAGAUGAGGAAAAUCGCCCGCCAAGAGGGACGGCGGUACUACGACCCGAUCGUCUUGGCGUACCAGACCGAAAGGAUCCCGGAAAGAGUGCGGCUUCGCGUCAGCGGGCCCAGUGACCUGCAGAUAGCGGUCUACGAGGAAUUCGCGUGCAAUAUCCCGGGGUUCAUGCCUGUGAGGGACGCUGGCAUGUUCAUCCCGAAGCCCUCGGCCCAGGACCAGCUGCCCCAACUGGCCUUCAGCCAGACAAUGAACCCGACGCAGGUGUAUGGCGCCGAUGAGAUGAGCGCGCUGAUUUCGGCCGCGGAGGUGUUCCUGGCCAACUCUAUGGCUAUGGCGUCGAUGGCCGCGCAGACGGCGAACAUGCACUCGCUUCUGGAAUGCCUGUUCAUGGCGAGGCGGAACCGCGAUAUUGUGUCUGGAUGUGCUCUACUGCAGAAGGCCGUGGAAGGUCUACUAGACAGCCACAUCGUGUCGGUCGCGCAAGGCGGCAGCGCGGAACACGUGGAGAUGAUGACGCGUUAUCGCGACAUCCACUUACGAGUGCUGAAGUUGUUAGAAGACGGCCGCGUGUACGGGCACGUGUGGACCACCAAACAAAUCACGUACUGCCUCACUGAGUGCCGCGAGGAGCUCAGAUACAACAUCGAAGCGGUUGACUGUUUAGUCAGGAACCACCUGAUCAACCUGCCACAGUACGACAUCGCGAUGGCCCACCUUAUGGAUAACGGGAACAACUACAUGGCAGUCGCGUUCGGGAUGCAACUGGUCCAGCUGUACCUGGUCGACGACCGAAACAACGUGUUUGCGAACGAAUCCGACCUGUACCACAUCACAGAGACGCUGUACAGGAUCAUGUCUCACUCUCGCCAGGCGCCCCCAGAGGGUCUCGGCGCCCUGAUCGAGAUGCUCAGGGUCCACCAAGACCCCAGCGCGUUUUUGGGCGAACGAUCGCCUAUGGGACCCACAGCUCACAUUCAUUCGGGAAUCCUGCAAGUACGGGCGCGCGAUUACGACGACCCGCCUGGCCUCCAAGAGAAAACGGAGAAUCUGCUUCGCGAGUGGCGUAACGUACUACUCAGCCCUCUCACUGAGAUUGAGAUCGCACAGAACUUCAACAUCUACGUGCACCGUAUGAAUAUGAACGGAAUCCUCAAGUCAGACGAUAUGAUCACGCGCUUCUUCAGGAUCGCUACACAAAUGUGCAUCGAGAAUGUGUACACGAUACUGACAGAGGAGCGCACUAAUCCACCGACCAGCCCGGUAAAACGCGACAAGUAUUACACAAUGUGCGACUCGUUCAUGAAACUGGUGACUCUCCUCAUCAAGAACACCUCUGAGAGCGGCAAUCCUACGCCGAAGCUCAAUUUACUGAACAAGAUCCUCGGAAUCAUCGCUGGGUGCUUGUUGCAAGACCACGAAGAACAUGGCAACAACUUCCAGCAAUUGCCUUACCACAGACUUCUCCUCAUCCUGUUCCUUGAUAUGAAUAUGGCUGAACCGGUUCUCGAAUCUAUGAACUACCAGGUUCUAACAGCAUUUUGCCAUACACUGCGCAUCAUCCGACCGAGCGUGGCGCCCGGCUUCUGCUACGCCUGGCUGGAACUGACGGCCCAUCGCGCCUUCAUCAACCGGGUUCUGGCCGUGACGCCGCAGCAAAAGGUCUAUCACAAUAUUUGUGGCUGGGGCAUGUACUCGACGUUGCUCAUCGACCUAUUCAAAUUCCUCGAUCCGUUCCUACGGAACACGGAACUGGCGGGUCCCGUCAUGAUGCUGUACAAGGGAACCCUAAAGGUCCUCCUUGUACUGCUACACGACUUCCCGGAGUUCCUGUGCGACUACCACUACGGUUUCUGCGACGAGAUUCCGCCGAAUUGCAUUCAAAUGAGGAACUUGAUUCUGUCCGCGUUCCCAAGGAACAUGAGGCUGCCCGAUCCUUUCACUCCUAACCUGAAGGUGGACCUUUUGGCGGAGAUCACGCUGCCGCCGCGUGCGGUCAUCAACUACUCCACCAUCAUACCUUCGACGCAGUUCAAGAAGGAUCUGGACGCGUACCUGAAGGCUCGGGCGCCGGUCACGUUCUUGUCAGAGCUGAGAAGCAAUAUGCAGGUGUUGAACGAGCCCGGCCGCCGCUACAACAGCCAACUAAUGAACGCUGUGGUGGUGUACGUCGGAACGCAAGCGAUCGCGCACAUCCGCGCGAAGGGUCAGACGCCGAACAUGUCGACCAUCGCGCAUUCGGCGCACAUGGACAUCUUCCAGAACUUCACGGUCGAUUUCGACUAUGAGGGAAGAUAUCUAUUCUUGAACGCGAUCGCGAACCAGCUGCGCUACCCAAACAGCCACACGCACUAUUUCUCGUGCUGCCUCCUGUACUUGUUCGCGGAGGCCAACUCGGAAGCGGUCCAGGAACAGAUCACCAGGAUGCUGCUUGAAAGGCUCAUCGUCAACCGGCCCCACCCCUGGGGACUUCUCAUCACAUUCAUCGAACUCAUCAAGAACCCAAUCUACAAGUUCUGGACCCAUGAGUUCGUACACUGCGCCCCCGAGAUCGAAAAGCUUCCAAUACCACGCGCAAAUCUGCAUUUGCGCCAACGAGCCGGAGUCGGAGCCCGAACCCCAGCCUUCCACGUCGGGGCUGCCCAAGCCUCUGAACUGGAAGAAGCUGUUCGCAAACAAGUCGUAAAGUGGUUCCCUCUAGGCUCGGUGCCGCGCGCCGACCGCGUGGACACUUUACCUUACAGUGACAAGACUAGUGAAACUUACGACGUAAACCCCUCGCAUAUGUGACGCCUCCACGCACCAAGAUAACGACUUUCCGCUGUGACGUAACGAGGCGUCGCGUGUACGACGACCACAACUGAAUAACUUAUAGUGAUAUACGUACUCUUGCGCACCUAUAUUGAUCGUGUUUAAUCAUAUUUAUAAAUCGAUGUAGUCUGUCCGAGUAAGAUGGCCGCGUACGGCAGCGACAAUGCGAUCUGAAUUAUGUUGAAUCACUACGUGUACUUUUUAGCUCUGCAACCUUGCGAUUGAUGAUUGCUCGGUGCCGGUCGCGGGUCAGAUAAGCUGCAUUUUAAUUUGACCCCCGGCCGGUGUCGUUAGUAUUUUAACCAUAUGGUAUUACACUAAGUGAUAGACGCACAGCGGGGCCAUAAUGCAUUUGCGAUGAAUGAUCGUAAGCCUUGUAUAAUAUCCGUAUGCGUUUCGAGACGCGUUCCUUGACGCGGUCGGUCGCUUUGGUGUUGACCAGAGCGAUCGACCAAGCCGCCGGCACUCGUACCUGCUGCGCAAACGUUAUGUUUAUGAUUCCUAACUUCCUAUUAAGUUUAAUAAUGAAUACGAGGUAAUAACAACGUUAAGUUUUUGCGAGUUUGAGGUCCUCCGCUACACAGCGGAUGCCCUGAUUUGAACGUUGCAAGGAGUAGUGUUUGUGAGCGGCAGGUAUUCCGAUUCUUAAGGCAGAAGUAACUUGUAUUAAUCUCUGCCGUUACUAGUUUAAGCAUUCUUAAUUGAAAUUCAUUAAGGUAAAAUUAUAUAAAUCUUUUCACUUGACAAUAAUAUAACAUCUCAGACAUUGGUAUGCUCAAAUUUAUUGUAAAGGAUCUGUCGGAUCGGCAUUCGAGGUUUGUUCGUAAGAUUUUGAAAGACAUUGACAUGGUGCUUGUGAGUGUAAUUUAUUAAUUGUGAAUGGGCUGGGUGCCAGCAUACGGCCCCGCGCGUCUCCGUUCGACUGACUACCCGCGGCAUCUAUAGCGUAUGGGGCUAGAUUCAAGUCUACUACUGUAACUAAAUAUCUCUAGUGUUUAUAAAACUCGUUUACGUGGACUCUGGUAAAGCCACUAGUUGUUAAUGUUUAGUAAUUUGUAAUAUUAUUAGUAACUAUGUUUGGAAUAAUAAUCUAAUAUUAAGUUUUGAAAAGCAAUGCAUAUUGCUGUGUAGUUUUCUAGAUGUGAUUUUUCGAAUGUAAUUUAGGAAGGUUUAGUGUUAAUCUCUAUGCUAUAAAAGUUUGUCAUUAAGCCAUGUAAUCCCAUUUUCUAAACAAUUGUGUUGUAAUAAAAAUAUUUUUCCAUCAA